AAUAUUCUGAUAUAAUAAUGUCGUUUGACACUGCUACUGGAAUGUAUAAUAGACCAUUUUUAUCAAAUUACAAUAAUUCGAACUUUUGGAAUGAUGUUGAAAAGGAAUCGAAAAAAUCGAUAGAUACCAGUAAAUCAAACACUUCGCAAGAAGCAGAUAUAUAUUACCAGUAUAUUUUGAGGGUUAUUAUACAAAAAGCAUCUCCUAUUGUAUGGGAUCCAAUUAUUUCUUGUGGUAUGAAUCAAGUUGAGAGUGACCAACAUAAGUAAGUUCCUGAACUUUGCAAAACAUGUGUUAAAGUUUAUCACCCAGCCCAUGAUUAUUCGCCAGUUCUGCACUAACUUGGCUUAAAUACUUUAGCUCUUAUAUAUCCUACAGAACUAUUAACUCGAAUUAAUUUCAAAGUACAAUUCUUAAUUACACGUCACACUUAUCCAUGCCAAUUUCUAACACCAAGUGCUUAAAAAAAUAGCGCGCCUUUGUAAUCGUUUAAUCGUCUUACGUCGUUGCCGUCGCAAUAAGAGUUGUGACGAUGGAUAAGCGACGGAUCGGGGUGACAUAUUAUAUUUUGCCAUAUUUGCGUUGUGUAAUAAUUCGAAAAGUGCUUAUAUAUAUAUAUAUAAGGUAUGAUAUGUUUUCUUUUUCUUCCUUCUGACAAUGUUUUCUCUAUUGACGUCUUGAAUGUAACCAGUAUGCGUUUAAGAAAUUUCAACAUUUAUUUAAUUUGAUUAAACUCAUUAACUUUAUUAUAAAACUUUUAAUACAUGAUAUAUAUUUAAUUUAUACAGUUAACAAUCUUCAAUGCUUAUGUCUCUUUGUAUAUACGAUCUGCAUAGUCUUUUACUCUCGCAUGCGAUCGUCUGUAUAAAGAGACAUAA